AGAUAGAUACGACGACGUGAAGAAUAGUCGCUUGAAUCAAAUUUAAUUUAAAAUAACUUUCUAUGAAAACAUACAAUAAAAUCGAUGAACAAAGCAAAAAAAAAAAAUAAAAUAAUUAAAAAAGAUUUUCUUAAGGCAAAUACAAAAUACAAAAAUUACAUACACACAUUUUCGUUUGCCCACACAUAAUUUUAAGUCAAAAUUGUUGUGCGAAUCUCCUAACAUUAGUCUACAGCUGGCCGUUUAACGAAUCAAAUCAUAAAUCAACAGUUUUUGUAGUUUGUUGAAAUUUUUGUUUUAACUUAAAAAAAAAAAAAAAAUUGCGCGCAGUUAUUUAAUUAUAUAAGAAGCAGUUAUUAGGAAAAAUUAUUAUUAUAUCUGUUCUGUGAAGUGCUCAAAUAUAUAUUUCCAUACCAAUAUAAAGUAAAUUGAGUGCAUUUUUUUCAGUGCUAAAUAUAACCUUGGCAAACCUCUGUACAAAAAAUUAAUUAAACUAUCUAAAAAAAGGUUUAUAGAUACGUAAAUUGUUUUCAAUUUGUCUUGCGCCAUAAAAAACGAUAUAAUUAGCUCAAAAACUAUAUAUAUUCGAUUUGAAUUGUUUGCCGCCGGAAAAUAAUAAUUAAAUAGCUAUAACAAAACAAAAAAUUAAACAACAAUAUGGAGGUAGCAGAGCUUGAAACUGAAACUGGAGUUUCAAAAAGUUCUACUUCUGUGUCUGAAAGCUCCAAACAGCAAGUUAUUCAAAAUGGUGGGGAAUCAUCGAAUGCAACAGUUGAAAUUUCCAAGCCAGAAAACGAAGAAAAAACAACCAAGUCUGUCAAAAUCGAAGAUUGCCCCGAUGACAGUUCCGAUGGAGAAAAUAAUGUUACGACCAGUGUAGUUGUAACUGUCAAUAAAAAAAUCAUCGUUGAACAAAAAGAAAAAUCACCCGAAAAAAAUGACGAGGGCACAGACGAAGACGAAGAAAUUAUUGAAGAAAUCGUCGAAAGUGAAAGUGAAGUUGAAAGUAGCGAGAAGGUUUGUGUUGUUCAAAAACCAGUAGCGGAAGCAAAAACAGAGAUUCCAUCUACUAACAAUACACAACCUAAAGAUGAUCCAAUUAUUGAAACUAAAACCAACUCUGAAGGCACACCUGCCGUAUCAAAACCAGAGCCAGUAAUUGUAGUAGAAGAACCCCCUCAAAAACAAGAGACCAUCAUCCCCAUUACAAAAAACACUGACACUAUAAUACAAACAGCUCAACCAAUCACAAAAACAACAACGAAUGAAACAAAAACUGAUAUUGAAACAAUAACCGAAGUAACUCAAUCAAUAAAACUAUCACCCCAGCAGGUUAAAGUUGACAGCGACAUUGAGAGACCUACAGCACAGCCCGCCUUGGUUUCUGCUCCAGAAGCAGUGACAGCAGCGCCAUCUAUUCCCUCACAACAAUUACCAAUCGAUGGAACACAACAAAUACAACUUCAAGAGAAACAAAGACAGGAUAAUAUAAACAAUACGUUAAAGGAAAUAAUAUCAGAUAUCGAUCGUGUUAUCGAACAGGAAGAUGGCCAGCAGCAAAAACACAACUAUGAAGUUCAGCAAGAACAGAGAAGAAAAGAGCAACAGCGUCUUGAUGAGCAACAGCGUUUGGCACAACAACUUCAAUACCAACAGUACUUGAAUCAGCAACAACCUGAAUUCAUGCCACAACAAACUCCAUACUACCAAACGCAACCAGCGCUGCGCGGCCAGCAUCCUACUGUUGCAACGAAGACUGUUAGCAAUGAAGAAUCUCGGUCAGAAACUGGGUACGUGAAGAAAAACGAAAGUUAUGAAGUUGAGGAACACGAUGGAUUCCGAAUGGCACGAUCAAGUAAAACAACUGUACAAGAAAGCCAUAGUCCUAUGUACAUGACACAAAAGGAGCAAAGAUCAAUGUCAUUGCCGUAUUGGAAAAACCAAAACACAGAGGAGUCAUCAUCAACGAUUUCAAAAAGAGUCGAUUUGCAGAAAAUUUUCACACCAGCAACGGAUUGUGAAGAAAUUAUACCAAAGAAUCGAAAACUAUAUGCAUCGUCAGCGUUUUAUUCGCCAAAUCUUCAUCCGACUGUCGAGGAUCAGGUUGCACUGGCACGAAGGAUAUCGCAUUCGUUGAGUGACAUUAGCAACCAUACAUCGAAGGGUCAGUCAAUGUACGUAAAUCGAAAAAAGCGAUCCGUUAAAUGGGUUCACGAAGGUUCAGGAAAAGGUCAACCCGAUAUUCAGGAAUAUAAUGAAGAAUACAAGGAGAACGAGAAUAAUUAUAAUGAUAAAAAUCUUUUAAGAUUGGUCAUGAAUCCACGCGGUCAGGUACGAGAUUUAAAUUCAGUUCGCGAGCCGUUAAGUGAGACAGGUUUGUUGUCUCCUGAUCGGUGUGCUGAGUUAGUAACAGCACUGAAUGCUCCAAAAGGACGAGGUGCUGAACUUUUUGCAAAACGUCGCAGGAAAGCUGAAAAAUGGAUUGUGGAUGAAACCAACGCUGGUAUCGAGUCGCCAUCGGGUCUAAUAGAUCAUCAGCAGCAGCCGUACAAGCCAACAUCACCUGCGAGCAUGGUUCCAGCAUACUCUGAUGUAGGUAUUCAUCGUGUCCAACUGAACAUGCAACAGGAUAAAAUUCAAGACAAGUACAGUCAGCCAAGUUUGAAAAUAAUCAAAUCACCCUGGGAAGCCGCAUUGGAAACGGGAUCAGCUAGUAAUGCUUUUGAAGAGGUAAACAAACAUGGUGGACAAUAUCCUCAUUACGGGCAGUAUGAAUAUCAACAGACACCACACAAAUCAAUUACACCAACACCACUACAAGAUCAGCAAGGUUGCAAGGUUUAUCAGCCGAAAUCAUCGUCGUCUUCUAGUCAAAGGGAUCUAGCUUACAAACCCAAUAUACCACAGGGAUGGAAAGCGCCAGCAGUUGUUUUGCCUAAAGCUGUUUCUCCAUAUAACGAAAUAGCCAACUUUGUCGAAGCAACAACAAAAAUCGAGCAAGUUUCCAGUGCAGCAAAAAAAUGUGAAGAAAUUACACAAAAGGAUGAAGAUGAGAUUAUUCAUCUAAUGACAAAAACAAAAUUAAUAAUACCGAAACAAGAACAACAACAUAUGAAGACAGUUCCAUACGCUGAAAACGAUUAUGUGAGCUAUGACAGUGCUCUGCAACAGCUACAAAAUGUUCUUGAGGGUUGUGAAAAACGCGAGAUGGAGAUGUUGCAUGAACAGCAAAAACUUCAGCAGCAAAUAAAACCUGAAUAUCAGGUUGGAGAAAUGUUCUCCCAGCGAAAACAAUCGGUUUCUCCAGAUAAAGAGUACGAAAGCAACAAUGAAGUUGCGAUAAUUGAAAAACAAGAUGAAAAUGAAGAUUACGUCAAGGUUCCAGUAAAAGACCUGAUUUCGACGUUUGAACAGCAGGUGGUAGCGGAAAAAAUUGCUGCCGAGACCCAGAUAAUUAUUAAACCUAUCGCUAAAAAACCUAAAGUUAUGAAUAUACAGGAACAAAACGAGCCGGCAAAGCAGGGUGAGUACAAAGGACUCUUUAGACCAGUAGACACGGAAGAAGACCAUCAGCAAAAGACGACCGAAGAAGAAAAAGAAUCAUUCAAGUGCGAUACAGAUUUUCCACAACAGCAAAACGACGAAAAACAGCAAUGGCAGAAUAGCAAAGAACUGUAUGUGCCCAAGGAGAUACCCCUUGAGAGUUAUGCACCACCACCUCAAACAUCCCACUAUAUUCCGCCGAGUAGUGGUUUUCCCGUGUACCAACAUCCAUCUUCUAGCUUUGCAGCACCAAUUGAAAAUAAGCCAUAUUCCGGUUUCCCAUUGACCAAACCUGCAACAGAUCCUUACAAUCAGGUGCAACAACAGCAACAACAACAACAACAACAACACUCAUUUUCAAGAACACCACAACCGCAAAAGCAACAAUCGUGGACACCAACUUUAUCUUCAGCUCAUCCAAGCCCGGUAAGCUUCAAUCCUUCGCCGUUGCCCUACAAUAAAUUGGCCAAGUUCGAACAACCAGAUCCAUCACCGAUUCAAUCUUACCAAACACCAUAUCAGCAGCGUCCAUUGGAUGUCCCAACUUUGAAUAAGCCAGCAAACGUUUCACCUACAAUUUUUUCAAGCUCUCCCAUGAAAAGUCAUUACGUUACACAAACUUCACCUCGACCCCAAUCACAGCAGUUCCCUAGCCAGGAUUAUAAAUCCUAUAAUGCUGGGGGCUUCGUAAAUGAUAGAAUACCUAUGGUUUCAUCGGUCGAUUUAUCAAAUUGUCAAAAUUUUAAUAAUUCUGCUAGGGGUUGGGGUGGAGUAAAAAAACAUGAACCUUAUCGUCCAAUGGUAGUAACAGCUAAACCUGUUGGCAAUCUUCGCUAUUCAGAUUUUUAAAUGGCAAAGGCAACAAAACACAACUCUGGUGACUAUUAAAUACCUUAUAUACAUAUAUAUGAAUCUUGUUGUUUAUAAAUAUAAAAUUGUUUGUCUAUAUACGUAAAUAAAUCUUCAUAUUCUAAUAUAUCAAAUUAUUAUAAAUUA